UAAAUUUUGAAUAUCAAAUUUCAGUAUCUAUUCACGGAUUUCACAACGGAUAUAUUUGCAACGGCUGCCUUCGGAAUUAAGACCAACGCAACGCUUACUGGAGAGGAUCCUAUGAGGACCGUUACCAAGGCGUUCAUGGAGUUCGAUAUGUACAGAGGACUCAAUUGGAUCAGCAUUUUCUUCUUCCCCAAGCUUGUUGAUAUUUUCAGGUUUUCCUUUUUUCCAAAAUCGUCGACUGAUUACUUUACACGAGUGUUUAAUAUCGUCUCACAAAAAAGAGCGAGUAAUCGAAAUACUGAAUCUAAAGACUUUUUGGACGUGCUUCUGAAGAUGAAAGAAGAAGGUGCCAAUAACGGUGAAGCAAUAUCUGAUCAUAUAAUUAUAGCUCAAGCAGCUAUCUUCUUGUUCGGAGGUUUUGAAACGUCGGGAUCAAUAUUAAGCUUUGCAACAUAUGAAUUAGCUUUUAAUCAAGAUGUACAGGAAAAAUUAUACAACGAGUUGAAAGAAGUUCAGAUGCAAAGUAAAGAUGGCCGAUUGGAAAUUAUCAAGCUUUCUGAAUUACCUUAUAUUAAUGCUGUUACUAAAGAGACACUUCGGAAGUACGUGCCAAUGGGCUGGUUGGAUAGAGUAGCUGCCUUGGACUAUAAAGUGGACGACAAUUUGACCAUUCCAGCGGGGACCCCGAUCUAUGUGAACGCCAUUGGAAUGCAGCACGAUUCUAAAAUCUAUCCAGAUCCUGAUACCUUCAACCCUGAUAGGUUUUUACCGGAGAAUGAGAAGAACAUAAAACCAUACACAUAUUUGCCAUUUGGAGACGGACCAAGAAGUUGCAUAGGUAAAAGAUUUGGGCAGAUCUCAGUACGUCACGGCAUAGCAAAUUUGAUACUAAACUACAAGUUAGUGCCUCUUCCCGGCGCGCCUAAGCCCAACGAAGUGGAGUUUGAUAAGCGAGGACUCUUUUUAGUACCUGGACAACAUCUUCAUGUAAACUUUGUUUCGAGGAAUCAAGAUUAAAUUUAAAUCUUUA